AUGGCACCAGUCGCAACACUACAAGCAACACUACAAACACCACAAGACACUCCGGAAACCGCUUCCCAUGGACACAGAAAUCUGGACAUCCACUUCCGGAAGGGAGAGGAUGUGAUUGAUGAAAAGACAGGCGUGCUAAGAGUCAGUGACAAGGAGUACAGGGUUGCCAAUUACCCGGAAUGGCUUCCUACGUGGAAUCCGCAUGAAACGUUCGAGCCUUACUCUGAUGACUUUAACAUUGGAUAUAGGGAUCCUGCACUCGAUGCCGAUCCUGACUUUCCGUCGCUUUUCCCAACUGGGUCCGAUGUGAAGUUGUCAGAUCUCUCUCCAAAGCUUGGAACCGAGGUUCGUGGCAUUCAGCUCUCGUCUCUGUCUCCAGCUGCGAAGAAGGAGCUGGCGUUGUUGAUAGCCCAGCGUGGUGUUCUCAUUUUCCGUGACCAGGACCUGAAAGAUCAAGGACUGGAGUUCAACAAGCAGUUUGGUGAAAGCUUUGGACCUCUUCACGUUCAUCCUUCCUCUGGUGCACCAGCAGACUAUCCACAGUUCCAUAUUACUUAUCGCCGGAAUGACCCUAAUGAGUACCAGAAGGUCUUUGGAAAGAGAACUUCCGGAAAGGACCAGUGGCACUCUGACGUCACAUUUGAGAAGUUCCCACCUUCCUACACCUUCUUUGCAAUGUUACAAGGGCCUGAGACUGGAGGCGAUACUCUGUUUGCAGACUGUAUUGAAGCAUAUGACAGACUUUCACCAAGAUUUCAGCAGAUGAUCAAAGGAUUGAAGUGUGUUCAUUCCUCUGUCGAGCAGGCCUCCCAGUCAAAGUUAGAUGGUGGAAUUGAAAGAAGACCACCAUCAACAGUGGUCCACCCACUUGUGCGUAUCCAUCCGGUGUUGAAGAAGAAAUCGCUGUUUGUUUCGAGAUUCUUCAUGAAAGACAUUGUGGACUUGAAGAAGGAAGAGUCCGAUGCUGUUCUGGACAUGCUUACAGACCACAUCAACAACUCGUUCGACUUCCAAAUCAGGGCAAAAUGGGAACCUAACUCUGUUGUGAUGUGGGAUAACAGACGUGUUCUUCACACGGCUACUUUUGACUGGGACACCGGCUGUACGCGUCACUGCUACCGGAUCACACCAAUGGGCGAAAGACCAGUUGAGGACGAAGAAGAACUACAGCCUUGGAACAAAUGA